AUGGCUCGGCUUGCCGUCCUGCUCGUGGCCAUCGCCGCCGUGCUCCUCGCGCGCCGAGCCGCCGCCGAGUACCCAUGGCCAGUCUGCGGCAGCACCGGCAGCUUCGCGGCCAACGACACCACUUACCUGGCGAGCAUCAGCGCCAUGGCCGCCACCCUCCCUAGGAACGCCUCGGCGUCCCCGGGCGGCCUCUACGCCACGGCGCGGGCCGGCCAGGUCCGGGCCCUCGCGCUCUGCCGCGGCGACGCCAACGCCACCGCCUGCUCCGACUGCCUCUACCAGGGGUUCCAGGACCUGCCCAGCGCCUGCGCCUACACCAAGGAGGCCACCAUGUACUACGACCCCUGCUUCCUCCACUACUCCGACGCCGACCUGCGCGCCUCCGACGACACCGCGUUGGGCUCGGCGUUCAGCACCGCCUACAGCGCUAACGCCACGGCGGAACCGGCCCGCUUCGACCGCGUCGUGGCCGCGCUCCUCAACGCCACCGCGGACUAUGCCGCCUACAACUCCUCCAGGAUGAGGUUGUAUGCGUCCGGGGUGGUCCCCUUCGACCGGGAGAUCCCGGAGGUGUACAGCUGGGCGCAGUGCACGCCGGACCUCACGCCGGCGCGCUGCCGGGAUUGCCUCGCCAACAUGAUCCAGGAGUUGGGGACGCCGCUGUACAGCGUCGGGGCGAGGGCUCUUGGGAUCAGGUGCAGCGUCCGGUACGAGAACAGGCCCUUCCUUGAUGGCCCGGUCAUGCUGCGCCUACCAGCAACUGGAGCUCCAGCGCCGUCGCCGGCGCCGGCGCUGGAUAUGGUGCCCAAUGUUGUGACGCCGUUGGCUGCGGUCGGAGGAGGGAGAAAGUACAGUGUUCCUGGCAUGGUUCUUAUAGUUGUGCUGCCUACUCUAGCAGCCGCAAACCUUCUCGCCGGCUUAUUUAUCUGGAGGAGGAGGCGGCGAUCACCAGCACGAGCCAAGCAACCAUAUUCCAGUUACUCCACUGCAGGUAAGGACACUGAGAGUGUAGAUUCGAUGCUGAUGGACAUUUCAACUCUGCGAGCUGCCACCGGGGACUUCGCCGAGAGCAACAAGCUCGGCGAAGGAGGCUUUGGCGCGGUGUACAAGGGUACUCUACCAGAUGGCGAAGAGAUAGCUGUGAAGAGAUUAUCCAAGAGCUCGACGCAAGGAGUGGAGGAGCUCAAGAACGAGCUCGCCCUGGUGGUGAAGCUCAAGCACAAGAAUCUCGUCAGGCUUGUCGGCGUGUGCCUGGAGCAGCAGGAGCGGCUGCUCGUCUACGAGUUCAUCCCCAACCGGAGCCUCGACCAGAUCCUAUUUGACACUGAGAAAGGGGAGCAGCUUGACUGGGGAAAGAGGCAGAGGAUCAUACGUGGGAUCGCUCGAGGCCUGCAGUACCUCCAUGAAGACUCCCAGCUCAAGGUCGUCCAUCGUGAUCUCAAAGCCAGCAACGUGCUUCUCGACGCCGACAUGAACCCCAAGAUCUCCGACUUUGGCCUCGCGAGGCUCUUCGGGCGAGGCCAGACGCAGGGCGUCACCGACCGUGUCAUCGGCACAUAUGGAUACAUGGCGCCAGAGUACUUGAUGCGCGGGAACUACUCCGUGAAAUCGGAUGUGUUCAGCUUCGGGGUAAUGGCUCUGGAGAUCGUUACGGGAAGGAAGAACAGUGACACCUUGCAAUCUGAAGAUCUCUUGACCAUGAUCUGGCAGCAUUGGACGUCUGGAACGGUGCUGGAGAUGAUGGACCCGUGUAUGAACAACAGCUUCUCGGAGAGCGACGCGAGGAGGUGCAUCCAGGUCGGGCUAAUGUGCGUCCAGGAGAACCCGGUGGACAGGCCGGUGAUGUCUGCGGUGGGCAUGAUGCUUGGGAGCGACAUGGUGUCCCUCGGUGCCCCGUCAAAGCCAGCGUCAAUGUUUUACACUAGGAACGCUGGUGCCGACUCCGGAAAUGGGUUCAGUAUCUCGACUAUUUCACUGAAUGAUGAUCCCAAGGAUCAUUUCUAG